CGGGAGCGUGUCCCCCAGCCUGACAGCAGCCCCGCUGCCUGCGCGGCUCGGCACCGGAGCGGCUCGGGGUGCGGCACCCCCAGCCGGCUUUGGUGAGGGGGUGCCCGCCGGUGCCCGCUCCCAGCAGCCGGGAGGGGCGGAGCGGGGAUUCCCGCUGCCGGGAGUCCCCGGCGCCCUCCCGGCGCUGCGGGGGCGGAGUGGCGGCGGCGGGGCGGGGGGGGGGGAAGGGGGGGGCUACGCCGUGCGUAUUUUGGGGAAGGCGGCGGAGGAGGGAGAGGAGGAGGAGGGAGAGAAAAAGGAGGAGGAGGAGGAGGGGGCUGUGGAGAGACGUAAAACUGUCACUCGGUCCAUCCCCUCCGCUCGCCGACUUUGUGUGUCUGCGUGCCGAGGAGCUGCUCAGCCGGCCGGGCUGCGAUCGCCCCCCCCCCCCCCCCCGCCCCGUCCAUCCCUCCCUGCCCGGCUCCAGCGGCUCCGGCGGCGGCUUCCUCCCUGCGCAACCCGCUCGGACCCUCCCGGGGCGCGGGGGUUCCGGCGCGGCGGCGGCUGCCGGGGCCGGCAGCGGAGGCGGGGAGGCGGGGGAGGCUGCGCGGAGCCGCUGCCGCUCAGCUCCGUGCUGCUCCGCUCUCACAGUCGGCACGGGAUGCUCGGGGGACGGAGUUUGCCAUGGCAGCUCCCGCUGCUGCUCGCAGCCCUCUCCGGUCUGCCGGCUCCCAGCAGCGCCCAGCUCCACUACUCCGUGCCCGAGGACCGAGAGCCGGGCUUCUCGGUGGGCGACCUGGCCAAGGACCUAGGGGUGGAGGUGCGGAGCUUGGCCACCCGCAACCUGCGCCUGGUGAGCGAGGGUGGGCAGCGGCACUUCCAGGUGGACCUGGCAGCGGGCGUGCUGCUCCUCGACAGCAGGCUGGACCGGGAGGCCCUGUGUGGGCAGAGCCCCACGUGCUCCCUGCACCUCCAACUCGUCAUGGAGAAUCCCCUCCAGCUCCACCGUGUCGAGGUGGACAUCCUCGACGUCAAUGACAACGUGCCCCAGUUCCCCAAGCCGGAGGUGGUCUUGGAGAUCACUGAGGUAGCUAACCCUGGGACUCGGCUACCCUUGGAGGUAGCAGAAGACCCGGAUAUGGGCUCCAACUCCAUCUCCACCUACAAGCUCAGCCCCAGUGAGCAUUUUGCCCUGAGUAUCAACGUGAGAGGAGAUGGCGUUAAAAUGCCCGAGAUCGUACUUGAAAAAGCAUUGGAUAGAGAGAAAGUGGCUGUUCAUCACCUAACACUGACAGCCCUGGAUGGAGGGAAUCCGGUGAAAUCUGGCACUGCCAAGGUUACCAUCCAUGUCCUGGAUGCAAAUGACAACCCUCCUGUCUGUGAUCCACCCAUAUCUAAGGUACGUCUGGAGGAGAACGUGCCAGUGGGUACUCUGGUCACCAAGUUGAAUGUCACCGACCUGGAUGAAGGUCCCAACGGGGACGUGGAAUAUUCUUUCAAAACUAGCAAUAAUGCACCUGGUAAAUUCACCAAGCUGUUCUCCUUAGAUCCCCGGACAGGGGAGAUCAGAACCAAAGCCACACUGGAUUAUGAGGAAUCCAGUGCUUACGAGAUUGCGGUUCGAGCCAGGGACAAGGGGUCCCCAGCCAUGGAAGGACACUGUCACCUGCGAGUGGAAUUAACUGAUAUCAAUGAUAACAGCCCAGAGAUCGUGCUGACCUCUCUCUCUAGCCCAGUGCUGGAGGAUGCAACCCCAGGCACUGUGAUUGCCCUCAUUGGUGUGAAGGACAGUGAUUCUGGUGACAAUGGGCAGGUCCGCCUGCAGAUAGCAAAAGAGCUCCCAUUUAAACUGGUGUCGUCUUUUAAAGAGCAUUUCUCACUGGUCACAAGUGGUCCCCUUGAUCGGGAGAAGGCCAGUGGAUACAACAUCACGGUGAGGGCCGUGGAUUCAGGGUCCCCACAGAGGGCUACACAAAAAACCUUUUACCUCCGCAUUGCUGAUGUGAAUGACAAUGCACCGAAUUUCUCCAGCCCUUUUGAUACAGCUCACAUUCAGGAAAACUCCCUUCCUGGAACUUCUGUUUUUUCAGUGUCAGCAUCUGAUCCUGAUGAGGGUAGCAACGCCAAGCUGUCUUACUCCAUCCUGGACAACGGGAUGCAGGAUGUACCCAUCUCAACCUACUUCCGGAUAGACCAGGACAACGGCACCAUCUACACUGUGCGGGCUCUGGACUACGAGCAAGACAAGGUGUUCCAGGUGCCUGUGGAGGUGAAGGAUGCUGGGUCUCCUGCACUGAGUAGCACUACUGUGGUCCAUGUGUUUGUCCUGGAUGAGAACGACAAUGCCCCCACCAUUGUCUACCCGUCUGUCCCCAAGGGCUCUGCCUUCCACCAAACCAUCCCGGCCUUAGCAGAACCUGGCUAUCUGGUCACCAAAAUUGUAGCUGUUGAUGCUGAUAGUGGCCAUAAUGCCUGGCUGUCCUACCAGCUGCAGGAGAGCACUGAGGCUUUGCCUUUCCAAGUGGAACACCGCUCUGGAGAGAUAAGGGUUGCACAGGCUCUCAGGGAGUCAGAAGAUCCCCACAGGCUGGUGGUCGAAGUGAGGGACAAUGGGACACCGUCCCUCUCGGCCUCUGUGGUAAUAGUAAUUUCCCUGGAGGAAAACAGUGUGCAGGACUUUUCCAAGUCCUUGGACCUUCCCAAAUCUUCUCCCAAGGAUACCAGCCUAACGCUUUACCUCAUCAUCUCCUUGGUGUCCAUUUCCCUUGUGUCCUGUGUGAUGUUUGCUGUGGUGGCUGCCCGGUGUCUCAAAGCUGGCACUGCCAGCUGGACCUUCGGGGGUUGCUGCCGAGGGACUGGCCGCAAGCCUGCCUCCCAUUUCCAUGGGCAGAUGAAGCCAGAUGGCUUCAUCAAGUACCUGGAUGUGGGAGGGGCGGGCUUGACCUCCCAGGCACAGAAUUACACUUCUUGUUUCUCGCCCAUGUCUGACCAGAGCGAUUUCCUCUUUGUAAAACUUUUCAGCCAUUCUAGCACUGCGGAGACCGUGGCUGCCUAUGAGCAGGUGACCAGCACCUUAGCAAGUCCCUGUGAUGGGCAAGCUCAGCCUAACACAGACUGGCGCUUCUCUCAGACCCAGAGGCCUGGAACGAGUGGCUCCCAGAAUGGAGAGGAAGGUGGAGCCUGGCCGAACAACCAGUUUGACACAGAGAUGCUCCAAGCCAUGAUCCUGGCUUCAGCAAACGAAGCUGCUGAUGGCAACUCAACCCUGGGCGGCGGGACGGGCACCAUGGGGCUGAGCGCCCGCUAUGGCCCCCAGUUCACCCUGCAGCACGUCCCUGAUUACCGGCAGAAUGUCUAUAUCCCGGGCAGCACCGCCACCCUCACCAACGCUGCUGGCAAGCGCGACGCCAAGAGCGCCGGUUCCUCGGGAGGCAACAAGAAGAAAUCCGGGAAGAAGGAGAAGAAGUAGAGAAGAAGAAGGAGACCUUAGAGCUACAGGGCAGCCGGCUCCAGCACUCCCCCAAACCACAGCCCAGGCCGGAGGACGAAUGUGAUUUCUUUUUUUUUUUUUUGUGAUGCAAAAAGUAGGAAAUGCUGCGAAUGUAUCUCAUCAUCAUCAGAGCUAGGAGCAGGGUCUCGCUGCUGUUAGAUCUCAUGAUGAAAACCAAUCCAGAAGCUAAACCGAACACAAACAAGUGCCCUGUGAAUACUUGCUAAUGUUUUAUACGAUCCCUCGGGUAUUAGAAUAUGCAAGGGUGGAAGGUCUUUUGCCACAUCUUUGGAUCCGAUUUGUUCCCAGAUAGUCCAAGAAAGGCACAAGGCUUGUGCUCGGCUUUGCCCAGUGUAAAUAAUUUUAAUGCGGAUCUUUUAAUUUAUAGACCUUCAGUCAUUUUUUUUGAAAGGAAAAGGCAGUUCCUAGCUUAGAGCCCAUGCUCCAAAUCUUUGCUCUUAAACUUUCCAUUAGUAAAAUUCACCCUCAGUUAAUGAUAGCGAUGGAUUUGUUGCUGAGAAGUUGGUAGGGAGUGCUUCAGUUCCUGCUUACCUGUUACCUGGGAAAAAAAAGUAAGUGUUUAUAUUGCAUGAGUCAAAGGGAAUAAGGCAAAGCUGCAUCCUCAACAUUUUUUUUUUUAAAAAGUGCAACCACCAAUGGCCUGAAAUAUGAGACAAAAAAACCCCCUCCUGAUGUCUGAGAGGUAGGGAAUUCAAUGAGGAGCAUGUGAAGGUGUGCAGCAGCUGCCCCAGUGGUUCUAGGGGUCUCCGAAGAGCAGACACAUCUCAUCCCUUCUUUGCAGUAAAUAUUUAUAUGUACAGUUAAUGUUCUUCUGGAAUUAAAGCUGAGAGAGUCUCGCUCCCCUGUGGCCAGGCAGCCAUCUGGCUGAGUUCCUGCCAAGGGCACCAGGGGAGGAUGCUUCAUGUUUCUGCACACCAUGUCUGCAUGCAUGUCCUUCACCUCACACCUGCACUAGCGCAGUUAGCUCCACGGACCCAGAGAAGUCCUCGCAUGCCCACGCAGUGUGGUGUGAAUGCGCCGGCUGCUGCCCAAGCCUUUGCGCUGGGGCUGCCUUGGGGGAGGGUGGGGGGUGGGAUCAGUCAAGCAGGAUAGGGAAACUCAUUGCUUCUUAUUUGGGGUAUAGACCCCAAAUAAGGGUUAUUUGGGGUCUCACUCAAAGAGGCGAGAUCUGCGGAGCUGCUGGUGCAUGGCUUUGGUGCAGAGUUGGUGACUGAGUAAGUGAUGGUUGGUUUGGUGGUGUUUGGGGACCAGAGCCAGAGAAGGUACCCGAGAGCUGGGGGUGAACGUGGGGUGAUGCUGCAAAGCUGGGAAGCCGGGGCAACAAGGGGGGAGGCGUCACAUGGGACCACGCCAGGCCAGCCUGGAGGAGGUGAUGCUCCUGCUGGCUUUGGGCUUUCCAACCUGUGGAUGGAAUCGAAGGAUGAGGAAUAGAAUUUCUCCACGUCACCAUCACCCUUGCACCAGGCCGGCUUCCCAUAUCAAAGCAGCUCUGAGUCCCCCCAGGAAGGCAGAGGGGGACUUGGUGUAGCCAGAGCGAGGAGAGGGGCUGCGGGGUGGCCAGGAAGCAGCCGCGCUGGGUUUCCCAGGGUGUGCGUGUUGUUUUUUCCCUUUUUAAUCACUAACACGUAACUCACCUGAGCAGAUCCAUCCCUCUCAGCCAGGCUCCGGCAUGGCAGCCAUCACCCCACCACCACCCCCUCCCCAAACCCAGGGCAGCAGGAGCAUCCACCGUGUUUCAUCCGGAUCCAGCCACCUCCGGCACUGGCUGCGCUGGGAGCGAUUCCCACCCUGUCCCCUGCAGCUGCCACCUGCCCCUCUCUAGAAAUGCUGUAGCUGAAUCGUAGUCUUUAUAUUUCUUUUUAAUCUGCAAUCUGAGGUAGCGUAGUGAGUGUCGUGUAUUUAGUGGCGUGUUAUUUUUAAUCUCGGUAACUAACUUGUGGACACCAGUAUUUUCAAUUUUCUCUGUAUCUUCUUUCCAUGUGGUCUGUGCUCCGAGUGUACGUGAAAUGAAACACGUUUGCCCUUUCAAUGUGUCUAAUAUUGAAUUAUACUAUAUAUUAUAUAUAUGCUUAUAUCCUUCUUAUACCCAUAUAGACCAACGUCAAUGUGUUACACGCAAGUUUUAUACUCUAAUAUUUAUAUUGCUUUUUUUCUUUGGGAAAAAAAAAUAAUAAAAUGUUUUCUUCUGAAUAAA